AUGCAAUCCGCGGCAUUGCGAUCGCCGGUGCCAUCGCGAAGCCUUCUGCGAUUCUUGCGCUCCCAGACCGACUCCAUGCACUUCACCGAGCUCGAAGCAUCGAUAUUCAGCUUGGAACCGUUCCCAAUGGGAAAGGUGUUUCGAAAGGCCUGCGCGCGAACCCUCAAGAGGAAGCCCUUUUGUACGUCGGCGGCGGCGUACCAGAAAGCAGUUGGUGAGGAUGGAGAUCCAGCACCUGAUUCAGCUCCCUCUUGGCAGGAGAAGUUAUGGGGCAUUGGAGCGCGGAAAGGAACCAAGACGCUCAAACCAGACGAUUUGCCUUCUCGCGACGACGCGGAUCACGGCUCGUCCAUGUUUAACAACCGGCGUAUCCUAUCCGCCAAGGCGGCGCUGGAGCCACGAUUACGAUGCACAGAGGUCGAUGAGAACGGCAAGGUGAUUCUGAUGGAUGGCGAGUUCAAAAAGACGGAACUGAUUGCAAAGUACGGCUUACUGCCUCGCGAUCUUCGCAAAAUCGACUCAUCCAAUCUCCCGCACAUUCUCGUUCGCCCUCAGGCUAUCCUGCUUAACCUGCUACAUCUCCGUGUCUUGAUCAAGCGCGAUCGAGUGCUCCUGUUCGAUGUGUACGGCUCCAAGACCUCUUACCCGCAGUCUGCUUUCAUGUACGAUCUUCAGGGGAAGCUCCAGCAGAAGCCUCCUCCUGGGGUGCCGGGACUGCCCUACGAGUUCCGUGCUCUCGAGGCCGUCUUGACGUCGGUCACGUCGGAGCUGGAGGCGGAUUUCGAGUCGGUGCGAGAGCCCGUCAUGCGCAUCCUCAGCGAGCUGGAGGACGACAUUGACCGGCAGAAGCUGCGCCAACUCCUGAUCCUCUCAAAGCGAGUCAGCACGUUCGAACAAAAGGCCAAACUGGUGCGGGACGCCAUUGAGGAACUACUGGAGGCGGAUGAUGACCUGGCCGCCAUGUACCUGACGGAAAAGGUGCACGAUUUGUAUCGGAGCACCGAUGAUCACACAGAAGUUGAGAUGCUGCUGGAGUCCUAUCAUAAACUCGCCGAUGAAAUCGUGCAGGAAGCUAGCAACUUGGUUUCUGGUAUCCGGAACACGGAGGACCUCGUACGAGCAAUCCUCGACGCCAAUCGCAACGCCCUCAUGCUUCUAGAACUCAAGUUCAGCAUCGGCACGCUGGGACUGGCAAUGGGCACAUUCAUUGCCGGCCUCUACGGAGCCAACCUGGAGAAUUUUAUCGAGGAAACAAACUGGGGCUUCGCGGCGGUCACGGCCGUCUCGACGAUCUUUUCUCUGGUGGUCUGCUGGUACGGGUUGGCCAGGCUACGCAGGAUCCAGCGCAUCAAGAUGGCGGGCGAUGAGCGGCCUCGGCUAUCUCGCGGGCAGCCCUACUACGAGGACGGCGCUGCCCUGGGCAUCCUUGACUCGAGGAACAGGGAGCUGCUGCUACGGGCACACAUGCAACGGACACUUAACAACAAGAAGAAGUGGUGGUUCUCGCGAUGA